AGUGCCUCCACCAGCAUUUUUCAGUGCGAGGAUGCUGACACAAGAUGCUCCAGGUGCUUUAUUAGAGCUGCUCUGCUCUAAUUAAAGUGCCCCCGCUUCCCCACCCUGGACCACAAGUAUAAAUACCCUUGGUUGUUUGUGCCAGCAGUGAAUUGCUCUCUCUCUGCUCAAGAUUUGCUUCUGUGUUUUAGGGGUAUUUGACAGAUUUCAGUUUCUUGCUUUGUGUUUUGCCUUUCUCAGUUAGAUUACAGAACCCUUUAAUAUCUUGUAUAUUCUCCCUAGGAAGGUACUUAGACACUAAUCAAGUCAUGUCUCAAUCUUCUCUCUGAUAAGCUAAUUGUGACCGAGCUAUUAAAGCCUCCCACACCCUGAAGUAUUUUCUCCAGCCCUUGAAUACAUUUUGUAGCUCUUUUCUGCACCCUCUUCAGGUUUUUCAAUGUACUUUCCAAAAUGUAGACACCAGAUGUAGGCAUCGUAUUCUAGUACUGCUCUCCCAGUGGUAAAUGUUGUCUGAAGCUGGCCUUUUGGAGGAAAAGAAGAAAAUUAAUGGAACUGAGUUGGAGUGAUUUUUUUUUAAAGUCUGAUUCUGCUUUCUUGAAGACAUGAGGGAGGAGAACUGCCAUCCAGGGCUACAUAAAGAAACAGCUUUGUGAGUCUGUUUCAAAUUCCAUCCCAUCCUGAACACCACAGAAGAAACCUUUGCGGUACAGUUUUAAGUUCAACUUGGGAAGGAUUUUACCAACGGGAGAGACAUGGCAAUCUGUUGCUGGAGGUGGUUUAUACGCUUUGGCAGUAGGGAAAGCCUCACAAAAACUUCAGGGACCAGCAGCAGAAGCACCUCUCAGCUUGGGAGACACUUCCACCACAGGACACCAGGAAACUUCCUGGAUCCUGAGGUGAGAGCAUUUCUGGAGGAGAACACUGAAGUCAUCAGCAGUGGAAACCUCACACCAGAGAUAAGACUGCGGCUUCUGACACCUCGCUGCCGAUUCUGGAAGGAAAGAGCCGACUUGUGGCCUUUUGCUGAUCCCUUCUGGGCAAUCUAUUGGCCAGGAGGCCAAGCCCUAUCCAGAUAUAUUUUAGAUAAUCCGGAUAUUGUCAGAAUGGGAUCUGUAUUAGAUCUUGGGAGUGGAUGUGGAGCAACAGCAAUAGCUGCCGUGAUGAGUGGUGCAUCCCAUGUCCUCGCUAAUGACAUCGAUCCUAUUGCAGGAAUGGCCAUGGUCAUCAAUUGUGAACUGAACAAUGUGAAUCCCUUUCCUAUUGCAAUUAAGAACAUCACUGAUACAAAACUAGACAAGUGGGACCUCAUUGUGUUAGGGGAUAUGUUUUAUGAUGAGCAUCUUGCUGACUGUCUGCAUCACUGGUUGGGGAAGUGCAUCAAGAUGUAUGGAACUAAAGUUCUGAUCGGCGACCCUGGGAGGCCUCAGUUUACAGGCCACAUCAUUCACCGUCAGCUGCACAAAGUGAUGGAAUAUUCACUUCCUAAGCCAACUAGACAAGAGAACAAUGGAUUAACAUCAAGCAUUGUCUGGAGUUACCAGCCUUGACUCACAGUUUCUUCAAAGGCUGCUAAAGGUGGAGAGAGCUUGUACUUGAUGGGGGGUUGGGGGAGGGAGUGUUCUAUAUUUAUAAAACGUGAAAAAAGAACAUAAGCCAGAUUCUUGGCUAAUGUAACUUGGUCUAGCUCUACGGAAGUCAAUACCACUACUUCAGCUUAGAACAAUGGAAGGUUUGGCCCCUAGUUUGGGGAAAAGCUUGCAGGUAAAUUUCACUGUCAGAUAUGCACACAGGCCUCAAUCCAAGUGCAUCUCCAAAGGCAGUUUUAGGUCUGUCAUUUUGCUUAUACGAUAAAUGUACCAGCUUCUUUGUCACAAAACAUGUCAUUUAAUAUUUCUUAAGAUUUCCACUAUAAAACUUUAUUUGUCCUGUAGGUAGGCA